AGUCGCGCGUCGAAUAGCGCGGUAUUGCUUGAGGCAAUAUUUCUUUUGACAUCCUUGGAGUAUCCUUUUGAGCCAUGGCGGCCGCAGCAGUGGCAACACCUGGCGCUACAGUGCUGCCCACAGCAACUGCACCAGCAGGUCCUGCCGCACCAAAAGCAUCGGCGGCAGCUACAGCAGGAGCUGCAGCUGGUGGAAAAGCACCAGUUAACCUGGUGGAAAUCGCAGGGGAAGCGAAUAUUGUCAACUAUAUGAAGAAUCGAUUGCGUAAGGGCGCCAUGAAGCGGAAGGGUCUGGAGAUUGUGAACGGACAUCGGUUCACAGUGCGUUUCUUUAAGCAGCCAAUGUACUGCGGCCACUGCAAGGACUUCAUCUGGGGCUUUGGAAAACAAGGUUUUCAGUGCGAGGAAUGCCGCUUUAAUAUUCAUCAGAAAUGCUGCAAAUUUGUGGUUUUCAAGUGUCCUGGCAAGGACACCGAUUUCGAUGCUGACUGUGCGAAGGUGAAACACGGCUGGAUCUCGACCACAUACACAACGCCUACCUUCUGUGAUGAGUGCGGCAUGUUGCUUCAUGGUGUUGCCCAUCAAGGCGUCAAGUGCGAAAACUGCAAUUUGAAUGUGCAUCAUCAGUGCAAGGACCAAGUGCCGCCCAUGUGUGGUGCAGACAUUAGUGAAGUGCGUGGCAAGCUGCUGCUUUAUGUGGAGCUCAAGGGUAACAAUCUCAAAGUGGAAAUCAAAGAAGCUGCCAAUCUUAUUCCCAUGGAUACCAACGGCUUCAGUGAUCCUUAUGUGGCGGUUCAAAUGCAUCCCGAUCGUUCGGGUCGCACUAAAAAGAAAACCAAGACCAUACAGAAGAACCUCAAUCCUGUUUUUAACGAAACCUUGACCUUUGAACUGCAGCCGCAGGACAGGGAGAAGCGACUGCUGAUUGAGAUCUGGGAUUGGGAUCGUACCUCGCGCAAUGAUUUCAUGGGCUCAUUCUCAUUCAGUUUGGAGGAGCUGCAAAAGGAGCCCAUCGAUGGCUGGUACAAGUUUCUGUCCCAAGUGGAGGGCGAGCACUACAACAUUCCCUGCGUGGAUGUCAUUAAUGACAUGGCACGUCUACGAGAUGAGGUCCAACAUGAGCGUAAACCGAAUGAGAAGCGUCGCAUGGACAACAAGGACAUGCCACAUAACAUGAGCAAACGGGACAUGAUACGUGCAGCGGACUUUAACUUUGUUAAGGUCAUCGGAAAAGGAUCCUUUGGCAAGGUCCUACUAGCUGAGCGCCGUGGCACUGACGAAUUAUAUGCAGUGAAAGUGUUGCGCAAGGAUGUCAUCAUUCAAACAGAUGACAUGGAGCUGCCAAUGAAUGAGAAACGCAUCCUUGCUCUGUCCGGUCGACCUCCCUUCCUUGUUGCAAUGCAUUCUUGUUUCCAGACCAUGGAUCGCUUGUUCUUCGUCAUGGAGUACUGCAAAGGAGGCGAUCUCAUGUAUCACAUGCAGCAAUACGGACGUUUCAAGGAGUCAGUGGCCGUUUUCUAUUCGGUGGAAAUUGCAAUUGCUUUGUUCUUUCUACAUGAACGUGAGAUUAUUUAUCGCGAUCUAAAGCUUGACAAUGUGUUGCUUGAUGCCGAAGGACACGUCAAGCUGGUGGACUUUGGGCUCAGCAAAGAAGGCGUCACUGAUCGACAUACUACACGCACUUUCUGUGGCACUCCCAACUAUAUGGCACCAGAGAUUGUGAGCUAUGAUCCUUACUCGACUACGGCUGACUGGUGGUCAUUUGGAGUGCUGCUAUACGAAUUAAUGGCAGGUCAGGCGCCUUUUGAAGGUGAGGAUGAUAACGUCGUUUUCCGAAAUAUCAAGGAAAAGAAGGCUGUCUUCCCCAAGCACUUUUCACAGGAAGCCAUGGAUAUUAUCACUAGUUUUCUAGCAAAGAAACCUAACAAUCGUCUGGGAGCUGGUCGCUAUGCCAAGCAAGAAAUUACUACACAUCCUUUCUACCGUCUGAUUGAUUGGGAUAAGGCCGAAGCUGGAGAAAUGGAACCACCUAUUGUGCCCAAGAUUAAACAUCGCAAGGACAUUAGCAACUUUGAUGAUGCUUUCACCAAAGAGAAAACCGACCUGACUCCCACAGAUAAGCUUUUCAUGAUGAACUUGGAUCAAAAUGAUUUCAUUGGAUUUUCGUUCAUGAAUCCAGAAUUCAUAACCAUUAUUUAAGCUUUGAUUCUAUUGUGAAUUCUUGAAAGCUCUAAAAUACCUGGAUAAUAAAACUUUGCGUUAAACUUGAGGCAGAAA